AUGAGCACCUUUGCACCCUUCCAGCCCGCCCAACCGCAGCAGCAACUCCAGCAGCCCGUCGCAAGCAUGUCGUCCAAGCCCAAGCGCAAGCGCUCGUUUGACGACGAGCCCGACCAUGAGGAAGUUGUGGGCCUCGAUGCUACCAAACACGUCCGCACCCUUCCCCCUUCCGUUGAAGGCCCUGGUGGCUUCGCCUUCCCCAUCAACAUGCCCGACCUCGUCGCCGACGCCUCGACCUCGGCCUCUGCGUCCGACGUCAUGGACCACGACAUGGACUUUGAGAUGGAUGACGCCGAGCUCACCCGCCAGCCCCCACAGUACAGCUAUUCUGAGGGCGGCUCGGCGGGCUUCAUGUUCGGCCCCGGCGCCGACGAGGAUGAGAUGAGCGACGACUCAGACUACAAGGGCUACCCCAACCUCGACAUUUACCCUUCGGUGCCACAGACGGCGUGGUCGGCACAGUCCUACGCCACCAACCUCGGACCACCGACCUCGAUGGGCCUCAUGCAGCCGGCACCCUCCGCUCCACUCGGUGACGACGCGACGCCCGUCGACCUCGCGCGCAGCCAGCACGGGCCGCACUGCACUUCCAUCCCAAAGCUUAAGAUGAGCGACUACCCCGACGCCUCGGGCGGGCGUAGCCUGUGGGCUGUGUGCACAGACUGCGGCCAGGUGCAACGGCAAGAGUGA